AUGGCGUGCAUUACCUUCACAGGUUUGUUUCUGCUGCUCAAGCUCGCAGCUGGCAUGCAAGACUCCGCAUACACAUACUGCUAUGGCGGACCAGAUACCGAAGUAAAGAGUCUGCAAAUUCAACACUGUGAAGGCAGUUAUGGUGUUUUUGGAUCCCACGGUCUUGGUGAAAUUGAGAUCAAAUUCGAAGAAAAGCAACAAUUAAAUGAAAUUCGGGUACUCCUUACCGCAGAGGCUUCCGGCGUUCCGUUUGUUAUCUUCGAUCUGGAUAGAGACUGCUCGAAUUGGGAGCUGACAGAAUGUGUCAUAUCCAAACAUGGGGAUGAGUAUAGAAUUCGACACGAAUUCAUAGUCACUAAAGAGAUGCAUGCGCACAUGCACACGUUGAAAUGGCGAAUACUUUCAAAUGAUGUGCUUAUACUUUGCGUGCGUUUCUACUUUCAAGGAUUUGUUUGCCCUGGAUGA